AUGGCCGUGUUCGCCCUGCCCCGGUCCGUCCACAGCAAUGCCUUAUCUUCACAGAGUCCGUUGGCGCUCGAUAGCCUGAUCAUGGCAGGCGCCAGCCGCCCCAGCGCCCAUUCCUCCCACCCGUCCUUCUUUCACCUCGUACUCUUGGUCUUCGAGGCCGUCCUGGAAGUCGUCUGUGUCAGUUUGCCAGGCUACAUCGCGGCCCGUCAGGGCAUGUUCGAUGCAGAGGCGCAGAAGCUUGUGGCGAAUCUCAACGUCACCUUGUUCACCCCCUGCCUAAUUUUCAUCAAGCUGGGUUCGCAAUUGACUGCCGAAACCUUGGCCGACCUAGCCAUCAUCCCGGUUAUCUUUGUCGUCCAGACCUGCGUUUCCUACGGAUGCGCUUUUGUGGUGUCCCGAUGCUGUCAGCUGAAGAAACGCCAGGCCAACUUUGUGGCGGCGAUGGCGGUCUUUGGGAACUCCAAUUCCCUCCCUAUUUCGCUCGUCAUGUCUCUCUCUAAAACCCUUCAAGGCCUGCACUGGGACCGCGUUCCCAACGACAACGACGAUGAAGUUGCCGCGCGCGGCAUCCUCUAUCUGCUGAUCUUCCAGCAGCUGGGUCAGCUAGUGCGCUGGAGCUGGGGAUAUCACAUUCUUCUCGCGCCGAAAGACCGCUAUCUAGAAGAAGAGGAGCGCCAAGUGACGGGCCAGUCGCGCAUUGAACAAGGUCAAGCCCGAUAUAGUGACAAUCCAGAGCAGACAGAUCCCGAUGAGCCGCUAGUGCGCACCCGAAGCUCCGACGACCUUCACCGCACUGCAAGCAGCGGCAGCGAGUUCCAGUCCGGUGACCAGACUCCUGUAUCAACCUGCGCCUACCCGUACCAUAAGGUGACCUCCAUCCACUCCCAAGACCAUGAUGUCCUAGAGCAUGAAGAGCAACACUCCGACAGACCUCCAUCUAUUCUCGGACCUCCUCCGCGAGGUCCAUUCCUGCCACGACAAAGCUCCCGUGGCGAUAUCCUAUCCUUCCCAGAUGUUGAAGGCACCGCACAAUACCCUGAAGACGUGGAACAGACCUUUUUCCAACGAUUCAAGGCCUCCCUUCGCAACAGCCGCCGCGCUUUCCACGAAUCCUGGGACAAGAAAACCCGCGCGCUGUACAGCCGACUACCCUCGAAUGUCCAGAAAGUGCUCUCCACGAUCUCACAUGGUAUUAUCAUUUUCCUCCGUGGCACAUGGGACUUCAUGAACCCACCACUAUGGGCAAUGCUCGUCGCAAUCAUUGUCGCCUCGGGCACCUUCGUCCGCAACAGUGUCACUCGCGCCGUCGACCAGAACGCCCAGGUCGCCGUUCCGCUCAUUCUAGUCGUCCUAGGUGCCAACCUCGCCCGCAACACCCUCUCUGAAGAGAACUUGGCCGACAUGGAGUCGCCCCACGCCGAGCGCAAACUGAUCAUCGCGUCGCUGGUCGCACGCAUGCUCCUCCCAACUCUGGUCAUGGCGCCACUGCUCGCCCUAACAGCCAAGUUCGUGCCUAUCAGUAUCCUGGACGAUCCCAUUUUUAUCAUCGUCUGUUUCCUGCUUACGGGUGCGCCGUCAGCGCUGCAGCUGGCGCAGAUCUGUCAAAUCAACAAUGUGUAUGUGGGAGCAAUGUCGAGAUUGCUAUUCCAGAGCUAUGUUGUCUGGAUCCUCCCAUCCACACUCAUCCUCGUCGUAUGUGCCCUCGAGGUUGUCGAAUGGGCCACCUAG